AAAAAUAAAGUCUUCCCAAAUUUGUUUAACUGGGUGUAAGAAGCGUCAAAUUAAAAAAAUAUAUAUGUCAAAUCGAUACUGACGGUCCGCUCAAGAAUUUUCUGUCUCUUUUCUUUUGGCAAGUCAAAAUGAAGAUCGGACUUUGCGCCUACAGUGGUUACAAGAUCUAUCCUGGCCAUGGAAAAACCAUGGUUAAGGUGGAUGGCAAGACUUUCACAUUCUUGAAUUCAAAAUGUGAAGCUGCACAUUUGAUGAGGAGGAAUCCUCGUAAAGUCACCUGGACAGUGCUCUACAGGCGCAAGUUCAAGAAGGGUCAAGAAGAAGAACAAGCCAAGAAGCGCACAAGGAGGACCCAGAAAUACCAACGUGCUAUUGUUGGUGCUUCCUUGAGUGACAUCAUGGCCAAACGUAAUAUGAAGCCGGAAGUCCGCAAGGCACAGAGAGAGCAAGCUAUCAAAGCGGCUAAGGAGCAGAAGAAGUCUACCAAGGCGGCAAAGAAGGCCACGGCACCCCCAACGAAAGCAAAGGCGCAGCCAAAGGCCAAAGCUGCUAAAGUUAGCCAGAAAUCAGCGCCGCGGGUAGGAGGGAAACGAUAAUUACAAAAUUUGAUUUAAGUAAUAAAAUGCUAAAAAUCAA